AUGACGUCAUGCUCACCUCCCUCACCCGGAAGUGGCGGCGUUAUUGUUUACAUUACCGCAACUUUGUCGUCAAAAAAUGAAUCUACCGAUCAUCAACUCAACCACUUCUGAGCCCACCACAAGGCGUAAACGUGAGGCUGAGCGCUCUGUCAACUGGACGGUAGAGGAGACACAGGUGCUGCUUUGUGCUUGGAGCGACCGGCGCGUUCAGAAGAGUUUGUCGGAAAACCUGCGCAAUCGGCAUGUUUUUAAGCACCUCUCUGCCCGGAUGAGUGACAUGGGCUUCUCCCGGAGUCCGCACCAAUGUCGACUUCGCGUCAAAACCCUCAAGGCUAACUACACUCGAGCCAAACUGCAAAAGAGCUUGGACACAUCUCAGGGAUGCACCUUUAAGUACUUUGAAGAGAUGGACCGGGUGUUGGGGCGGCCAACGGACAGUUUGGGAGCGGGUCCUCACUUCCGAGCCCCUGUCGCAAAUUUCGACGAUCGUUCUUUUAGCUCCCCUAGAAGAGACCACCUGAGCUCUUCUGAGGAGCAGGGAAGCAAAGCCCCUUGGCAGUUGGACUUGCAUCUCAAGAUGGAGAACGAUGAAGAUUCAAAUUGUAGCGAUGCCAGAUUUCCCGCACCGCCGCAAAAGAGACGCGAGGAGGUUUGCUCAGCAUCACCUGUCCAUCCUGAACCUGCUGCAUCCCUGGCCUGUAUCAUCACAGCACCGUCUCUGGAAAAGCCCUGCUCUCCUCCCCAACCCUGUGUCGUGGCCAGCGCCCCAGUGACUGCACCUGAAGAGGGGGUGCCGAUCAAGCCAUUUCCCGACAAUGCCUCCCUCCGCAUGGAACCGGCCCUCCAGCACCUGGCGCAGUGCUACCAGCAACUCCUGACGGAAACACGGGUCCUCCUGGCGCAACUGGAGCGCCAACGGCAGGAGCAGGCCACGUGGCACCAGGAGCUCCUGGGUCAGUGGGUCCAGAGACAGCGGGAGUCAGCGGAGAGGGAAGAGAGACGCGAGAAAGCUCACAUGGAGCACCAGAUUCAAGUGCUAGAACUCCUCACCUGUCUGGUCAGGGAGCAGUCGUCGUGCAAGUGCGGAGCUGGGAUGACCACAACCGCGCGAGCUGCGGAGGUCUCACGUGAACUCCAUCACAUAUUCACCAAAGGAGAAAAUUGAGACUGGAGGUGUAAUUUAUUUCUUGUAAAACCUCACUUCAAUGUCGUUUCAAGACAUUAAAAAAAACAAAAAACACGCCAAACUAUUUGCUUAUGCUGUUUUGUUGCUGUUCAUAACUCAAUUGAUUCAUUGAGUGUUUGAGUUGUUGGAGGUCACGAAAAAGUUAGUUUCCUUGAGCAGCUUGAAAUAUGGGCAACACUGUAUGGUGGUAUGGAUUUCUAUGAGGUAUAUUAAAAAAGAACUUUCUGGCUCCCAUUGAUGGCAAUUAAGGAAUUAUGAGAACUGGGCAGGAUGUCAAUAAA